AUGAUUGUAAAACAUCGAAUGAAGCGACAGUUAGUAUUUCAACCUGGUACGAGAAUUAUGUUCCGUGUGAAUACUAAAAAUAAUAUUAUCAAAGUCAAUCAGAUUUUUGCACAUGGAUUUGGAUUUCGUGGCAAUAUAGAUUUGACUCAGCCUGAUAAUAUUAAUCUCCUAGCACCAGAGCAUCGCAUGAAGAGGAGUGUCACACGAAGAGAGGUUUAUGAGACUAUUGGGGAAUUAAUGAAUCAGUUUGGUUUUGAUGGUCGCUUGUGUAUUCAAAGGAUGAUCUGUAGUGCAAUUCAUGACAUUCCGUUGUCAGCUAAAGGAAUUUUUUCAAAAGUGUUCAAGUUAAUUUUUACUUCUGUGACAUCAAAUAAUGAGAUUGAUUGUGAAACCGAUGAAAAUACAGAAAAUGAACUACUGUCAAGGAAAAAGCGAGCACUUACAUUUCCUCCAGGCAGUUCCUUGCAGCUAGCAUAUGACCAGACAAUGCCUAUAGCUGCCGCACAAUUAUUAUUCACGGUUGGUGUAACUGUUGCUUUAGCAUUUGAAUUGCCAGAUAAACCAAUUGGUCGUAUUACACAAGAGCUACGAGACAGUUUGCAAAAACGUUUACAUCCUUCAUCAACAACAGCUGCUCCAGCAACAAGCAACGAUAGUGAUAGUGAUCAUAGUCGAAUAGAUUACAACAGUAAUAAUUUGAAGUACAUUUACAAUAAUAAGCAAACAUACUAUAACAGUAUGAAUAAGCACAAAUAUUAUUAUGGUAAUUAUGGAUUUAAGGAUAGGAUAGAUGAUAACAAAUCUUUAACGAAUAAAACUACUAGUAACGAUAACGACGUUGAAUCCAAGAAAGUAGUGAAAACCUAUACAAAUAAGGAUGGUCAGAAAGUUAUCACAAUGAAAAUCAAAUAUGGAAAGAAAAAACAGAAAUUGGGCAAUUUAUUUUUAAGAAAACACAAUCGAGUUUAUCCAGUGUUUGGAAAAAGAAGCAUAGACGAUAAUCUAACGCAUGAUAGAAUUUUCUAUUUGGAUCAUCAUCGAAAUUCGCGAUUUGAUGUUUAUGAAAAGAUUGAAAAUUUCCUCAUUGGGCAAGGAAAAAACGGUACAGGAUGUGUGUUGCGAGCACUUUGCGAGACUGCACAAAAGAACCAGAAUGCUGAGAAGGCGCCAUUUUUAAUUGAAAUUCUACGAGCAAUUUUCACUCUCCCGCAUCAAGUUGUGCCUUAUAAGAAGAGCUCUCAUCAUGUUUAUGAUGAUGCUCAUUCGAAUUUGACUGGUGACUGUGCAGAACUCUAUCCGCAAUUAUAUCUUUUACCAAAUCAUCAAUGCAACAGUCAGGAAUCUUUUGAAGAACAUGAUGUUGAUUCAAAUACUGAAAUUGUUUAUAUUGAAGACGAUGAUGAUCAUGAUGUUGAAGAUAUAGGAGAUAUUCCAUUAUCCAGGAAAAAGCGAGCACUUACAUUUCCUUCAGGAAGUUCCUUACAACUGGCUUAUGAUCAAACUAUCCCGAUUGUAGCUGCGCAGAUGUUGUUUACCAUUGGCGUAACGAUUGCUCUUGCAUUUGAAUUGCCAGAUAAACCUAUUCAUACAAUAACUGAUGAAUUGCGACAAAAUUUUCAAGAACGGUUGCAUGGAAAGACAACAACAGCUGCUCCUGAAGUAGAUUAUAAUAGUACUGAUGACCACCACAGCCGAAUAGACUAUAAUAGUAAUAAUUUAAAAUAUGUCUAUAAUAGUAAAGAUGCAUAUUACAAUAUGAUGAAUAAGCAUAAUUAUUAUUAUGGUAAUCAAGGAUUUAAAGACCGAAUUGAUGAUAAUCAAUCAACAACAAGUAAACCGACAAAUACCACAAAUGGAGAUAUAAUUUCCAAGCAAGUUGUCAAAACACACAUGAACAAGGAUGGAAAGAAAGUGAUAACAAUGAAAAUUAAAUACAAUAAUAAGAAGAAAAAAUUGGGAAACUUGUUUAUGCGAAAACAUCAUCGCGUAUAUCCUGUAUUUGGUAAAAGAAGCGUUGAUGAUCACAUAACACACGAAGAUUUAUUUUAUGUUGACCAUCAUCGAAAUUCUCGAUUUGAAGUGUACGAAAAAGUUGAAAACUUUCUCAAUGGACGAGAAAAAGAUGGCACAGGAUGUGUGUUGCGAGCACUUUGCGAGACUGCACAAAAGAACCAAAAUGAUGAGAAAGCGCCAUUUUUAAUUGAAAUUCUACGAGCAAUUUUUACUUUACCACAUCAAGUUAUGCCUUAUAAAAAGGACUCUCAUCACUUUUACGAUGAUGCUCAUUCGAGUUUGACUGCUGACUGUGCAGAACUCUAUCCGCAAUGUAAAGACAGCAUAUGGUCUCCAGAUUUCCGUUUCUAAAAGAUUUGUUUUGUAAAAAAAAAUGAUUUUUGAUUAAAAAUUGAAUUUUUUCCACAUUUUCUGCUCUAUUUUAGCUUUAUUUACCAAAAAG